CUCUCCUCCCGACACGCCACAGUCUACAUAAAAUACUGUGGGGAAAACUGAACACAGAGAAAGAUUAAAAACCAUUAAUUUCCUGAUCUAUUAAAGAUACUGACACAAUUUCAUACCACUUUGUUUAAUUUAAGAAGUCAAACGUUACAUGCACGUGCCUUGUGGUUGCCAUAGUUACACCACAACACUUUAACUUUCAUGACACAGACGGCGCUACGGCAGCAAAUGUAUUUGUAAUUUUUUUCUUCUAGACGCAUUUUUCAAUUCCGGGUAUGACAGAAUCCACUGUUCGUAGAUCAGCUUUCGGCAGCGGUCAACAUCGGAAACUCUUCCCUCUCCAUUACGCUCCAGACAGAUUGGGAAACCAGAUGUCACGACUGAACGCACCGCACGUCGGCCCUGGCUGCUAUAACAACCAUGAGUACGGCACCAUAAUCUAUGAAAUUGAGAGGACACCAGGAAGUAAGAGAGGAUACUGUCUGUCUGCAAGAACUGCGGCUCGUUUUCCACCUGACAUCCAGACCUCGACGCCUUCACCACAGCUGUACCAACCAGAUCAGAGCCAGUCCAGGACUGUCCUUCCUGGAAAAACACCUUUCAAUUCAUCUGCAGAGAGGUUUAAAGGCAGAUUAAGUACAGUGGAGACCAACCCAGGACCUGGGACCUAUGAUUACAACGCAGUGACCAACAGGAAAGUGAGCUGGCCGAUGUGCUUUGGCAGACCAGACUGGUCCAGACUACCUCAGCUGGAGAAGAAGUCACUCAGAGUAAUGCUAAAUGGUGAAAAAGAGUUCCUGAAGCACAGAAGCAGAGUGGCCUACCUGAGUUUGUACUAUUAACGUUGAUGUGAAUGCUAUAAAGAAAAAAACAACAACCAAAUGAUUGUGUUUCUCAUUACUUCUGGGAACACUUAAUGUCAAGAUCAAGACUAAAUAUCAUUACACAAACUUUAAAAAAAGAAACUUAGUUUUCUUUAUUCACAAAAUGGCUGUCUGUAUAUUACACGACUCAACAUACAAA